UGGGUAGAUGGGUGUGUUUGCUUACGUUGCUGGCAUCUUUCGACACGCCUACAAAAUGAACAUUUCAACAUCAUUUUGGAUGGUUUUGACAGUCUCUUCCCUCACCCCAAGCACCACUUAAAAAAAAAAAAUAAUAAUUCUUGAGCAGCCGUCCAUGUUUUUGGCAGGCAACAAAAAAACAAACGUAAAUUUACAUUUCUAAAGCAGAAAGUAUUUCCUGGUAUUUCCACGCAUGCUAAUUUUUGUCUUUUUAAGUGAAAUAUUAAAACUUUUCCUGGUCUUGGGUUUAUACAGUACUAAAUUAAAACAAAGAAAAACAUUCUUUUGUGGUGAAAAUCUAAGCUGAUCAAAUCUGCAGAAACGCCAUACUGUCUGUAGUCAUCCGGCCAAUACAGGAGCUUCGUCAUUGAAGUAUGUCGGAGAGUGAAUUAGUGGGGAACAGUGCGAUGGAGAGCCCAGGAGAAAGCAGUCCCAAGGCGGACAGCGGCACGUCUCGAGUCAUACUAGUUGUAUUCCUGGCUCUUCUGAUAGAUCUGCUGGGAUUCACUCUUAUUCUGCCGCUGCUUCCUUCAAUUCUGGAUGACUAUGGGAAGACAGAUGAUGGUGUAUAUCAGUCUCUACAGAGCAUCGUGGACUGGUUUGGUGAAACAAUAGGGGUUCCUGUUGAAAGAAAAUACAACAGUGUUCUCUUUGGAGGUCUGAUUGGCUCCUUGUUCUCUCUGCUGCAGUUCCUCUCCUCCCCUCUCACUGGCGCUGCUUCUGACUAUUUUGGAAGAAGACCAUUAAUGAUGAUUUCAACAGUGGGGUUGAUGGCUUCUUAUGCACUCUGGGCUGUUUCCUGGAACUUCAGUGUCUUCCUUCUUUCGAGAGUGGUUGGAGGAAUAUGCAAAGGAAACGUCAGUCUUUGUACAGCUAUCAUUGCUGACCUGCCGUGCCCCAAAGUGCGAAAUAAAGGAAUGGCCAUGAUUGGUGUUGCCUUCUCACUUGGUUUCACCGUUGGCCCAAUGAUUGGUGCAUACUUUGCUAUGAACACAGCCAAGCGGGAGAUAUUUUACCUCAGCCCAGCACUGUUGGGCCUAAUGUUUUCUACUGCUGACUUAUUAUUCAUCUUCCUAAUGCUUCCAGAGACGCUUCACAAAGAAAACAGAGUUCCAUCAGUGAAUUCUGGGUUACAGGAAUCAGUUGACUUGCUCAGCCCAAUGGCACUGUUUCAGUUUUCUGCUGUUACUAGAAGAAAGGAUUCCACUUCAAAAGAAAGUCUGCAGAACCUUAAAGUACUGGGCUUGGUCUACUUUUUCUACCUGUUUCUCUUCUCUGGACUGGAGUACACACUGAGCUUCCUCACUCAUCAGCGCUUCCACUUUACCAGCAUGCAGCAGGGAAAGAUGUUUUUCUUCAUUGGAAUUACAAUGGCUGUCAUCCAAGGAGGUUACACCCGGAGAAUCAAACCAGGAAAUCAGAUUAAAACCGUCAAGAGGGCGAUAAUCCUUUUGAUCCCAGCUUUCGUUCUGGUUGGUUUGGCGUGGAAUGUGACUAUGCUGUACAGUGGGCUGUUACUUUACUCAUUUGCUGCUGCUACUGUUGUGCCAUGCCUGUCCACAUUAGUAUCUGCAUAUGGUUCGGCCAGUCAGAAGGGGACUGUGAUGGGGAUACUUCGCAGUCUGGGCGCUCUUGCAAGAGCUUUAGGACCGAUUAUAGCAUCAACUGUGUAUUGGUGGGCUGGAGCAGAGAUCUGUUUCAUUAUUAGUUCUGUCUUCUUCAUUGUCCCUCUUGUGCUUUUGAGGCUUAUCAAACAGACGAAAACAGAAUGAAGGGAAGAUGGCCUACAUUUAUCUGUUAAUCUUGCUGGAACUGAGGCUUUAGCAAGCGAACCAAACUGUGCAUUUGCCAACCGUACAAAGUCCACUUCUUUAGGAGGACUCAGUACGGUUCGCUUCCCAAGCAGACUUUUUUGUUCACAUUUCACACCAAACCCUCUAAACGGACCCAGUGUGAACACAGCCUAAGACUAUAAACAUACAUCGUAAUGAGGUCUGUGGAAGAACAAGAUUUAUCAAUUUAAGGGAGAUAGUACUUUUCAAAUUAAGCUGCUUUGCUGGGAUAUGGGAGUAACUGGUAGCUCAAGAGACAAUAUUCAAGUUUAGAGAUAUACAGAUAUUAUUAUGCACGUAAAUAAGUGUCAGUUGAAGAGUAAUACAUCUUUUUUGUUUUAAAUAUACACUUACAGUACUUUAUAUUGAUGCCGUACAAGUGCCUUUGUUUUUGUAUACAGUUUUUUUUACAAAUAAAAUAUUUGAAAUUUG